AUCUGGGCAGCAGCUGAUUAAACGACAAUGGAGCAGCUGUUGAGGUCUGACUUCUUUAGGUGAACUCUGAGGUGAAUUUUAGCUUCUUCUCCUCUCAUUCACGUUAACUGAUCUUCCAGGACAACUGAAAGCGGAUGAAGGAGCAGGAUGGGAAACUGGCUAACGAGCAGCCAGGCUGUGGUUCCAGCAGCGUCACAGACAGCUGAGAGCCAGAGGGAAGCAGGAGGAACGACGAUCAGCGCUCAGAACGGAAGCGUCGUCAACACUCCUCAGUUCUCUGGAGUUCACGCCAACAGGGAUGCACAUCUCAACGUCACCGUCACCAACACUUACGUUUCAGCUCAGCCUCCAGCCGGGACAGAAGAGGCCGACGCUGCUUCUCCCAGAACCGAAGGAAGUAUUAAAAGGUGCCAAGCUGACCUUAAAUCUUACCUUGAAAAUACGACAAAGAAUCUGUUUCAAGGCACAAAGGAGGACGGAUCACCGACCCCCUUAAACAGGAUCUAUACGGAGCUCUACAUCACAGAGGGAGGCAGUGGGGAGGUUAACAGUGAGCACGAAGUGAUUGACUUAGAAUGUAGAAGGUGUUCGAGCGAGGAGAAGAAAAUCCACCUCAAUGACAUUUUUAAUCCGCUAUCAAAGGAAGACAACCCUCCUCAGAGAGUCCUGACGAAGGGAAUCGCUGGCAUCGGAAAAACGGUCGCCGUGCAGAAGUUCACCCAGGACUGGGCCGGAGGAAAGGCCAACCAAAGCACUCAGUUCAUAUUUCCAUUCACGUUCAGAGAGUUGAACCUGAUAAAAGAUAAGAGGUGGAGUCUUACGAUGUUAAUAUCUUACUAUUUUGAAGAGGUGAGGGAUUUAGAAAUGUCAGAUUACAACAACUCGAGCGUUUUGUUCAUCUUCGACGGUCUGGACGAAAGCAAGUUCCCUCUGGACUUUGAGAACAAUGAGACGUGCCGCAGUCUCACAACGGAGACGACAGUAGACGUCCUGCUGACCAGCUUAAUGAGGGGGAAGCUGCUGCCUAACGCUUCGGUCUGGAUUACAAGCAGACCGGCCGCAGCCACCAAGAUUCCCUCCGAGGUCGUCGACAGGGUGACCGAGGUCCGAGGCUUUAACGAUGAGCAGAAGGAGGAGUACUUCCAGAGGAAAGUCAGCGACAAGGAUGUGGCUCGGAAGAUCUUCAGUCAUCUUCGUUCGAAGCCGCUGAGGAGCCUGUACAUCAUGUGCCACAUCCCGGUCUUCUGCUGGAUUUCAGCCACGGCUCUCCAGAGUCUCCUCACAGAAAGCCACAGAGGCGAGUUACCCAAGACCGUGACGGAGAUGUACACGCACUUCCUGAUCAUCCAGACCAAACGGAAACACGAGAAGGAUUAUCAGGAAGGCGAAACGGACAAAGAUUUGAUCAUGAAGUUGGGAAAGCUGGCAUUUGAACAGCUGCAGAAGAAGAACAUGAUCUUCUAUGAAAAUGACUUGGGAAGUUGUCAAAUUAAUCUCAAACAAGCUGCAGUUUAUUCGGGAGUUUGCACGCAGAUCAUAAGAAAAGAGUUUGGUCUUUACAGACAAGAGAUUUACUCUUUUAUACAUUUGACCGUUCAGGAGUUUCUUGCAGCUCUGUAUGUGUUAGAGACCUUCAUAGACGGUGGAAAAAAUCUGCUUCCCAGCCAGACGAGUGUGACGGUGGCAUCAGAGAGAGGAGAACUUCCCAUCAUCCUCCUCCACAAGAACGCGGUGGAUAUGGCUUUGGUCAGCGAUGACGGACAAUGGGACUUGUUCCUGCGCUUCCUGCUCGGUCUGUCGCAGGACCAGAAUCAGGAGCUGCUUCAGAAAGUUUUUGGAUUUCAAAGAAGACGUCCGCAGAGCAACCAGCAGACCAUCACCUACAUUCACGAGAAGAUCCGGAAGCUGUCCUACACCGAAAAGAGCAUCAAUCUGUUCCACUGUUUAAACGAGCUGGGCGAUCAGUCCCUGGUAGAGCAAGUCCAGAAGUACCAGAGCUCAGGAGAUAUUAGUAAAAUCUCCCCUUCACACUGGUCAGCUCUGGCCUUUCUGCUGCUUGUUUCCAAAGAAGAGCUGGAGGUCUUUGACCUGAAGCGGUACCACAGAUCAGACGACGUCCUGGAGAGGCUGCUGCCCGUGCUCAAAGUGUCAAAGACGGCUUUGCUACAUGACUGCAACCUCACUGACAGAUGCUGCAAGUAUGUUUCAUCAGUUCUCGAGUCUUCUGGUCUGGAAGAGCUGGACCUGAGCAGAAACAAACUGCAGGACUCCGGAGUGAAGACGCUGUCCAACGGUCUAAGAAGUCCCAACUGCAGACUCCAGAGAAUCCGUUUGGAGGACUGUGGUGUCACAAAGAAAGGAUGCCAGUCUUUGGCCAGUGCUCUGGUUUCGAACCCCUCCCACCUCAGAGAGCUCGACCUCAGCAGGAACAAAUUUCACGACGAGGGACUGCAGCUCCUUUCAGAAGCUCUCAACAGAUGCUCUUUGGAAACACUGAGGCUUCGUGAGUGCGGGAUCGCAGGGGAACCUCUGGCUUCAGCUCUCAGCUGUAACCCAUCUCACCUGAAAAACCUGGACCUGAGCAGAAACAGUUUUGGAGGAGGGGCGGUCGCUCAGCUCUGUGGCUUUCUGAAGCAUCCGGACUGCAAGCUGGAGACAUUAUGCCUCUCCAAUACAAAACUGCCAAAGGAAUGUGCCGCAGCUCUGGCCUCAGCUCUGGCUUCGAACCCCUCCCAGCUGAGGGAACUGGACCUGGGAGGGAACAACCUGGGUGACGACGGAGUGAUGGAGAUUGCUGCUCUGCUAAGGGAUCCAGACUGUAAAGUAGAGACACUGAGACUGGCUGGCUGUCGGUUUACAGAGCGCGGCUGUGCCGAACUGGCCUCCAGUCUGAAGUCAAACCCCGCCCACCUGAGAGUUCUGGAUCUGACGAGAAAUGUGCUCCGAGACGCCGGUGCUGAGAACCUGUCUGAGUUCCUGGCGGAGCCGCUUUGUCACCUGGAGACUCUGAACCUGAAAUGCUGUGCGCUAACAGCAGCCUGCUGCCGCUCUUUGACCUUCGCCCUCACCUGCCUCUCGACUCUCAAAGAGCUCGACCUGAGCUACAACCAGCUGAUGGAGCAGGGGCUGAAGCUGCUCUCUGAUUGGCUGAGGAAACCCCAGUGUCACUUGGAGAUACUGAGGUUGUCGGAGUUCACAGACAGCAGCUGUGAGUCUCUGGCCUCGGCUCUCAGGUUGAACCCUUCACACCUCAGAGAGCUGGAUCUGAGCAGGACUGAUCCAGGAGGAUCAGGUCUGGAGCUGCUGUCUGAUCUACAGAAGAACAGUGGUUACAAACUGCAGACGCUGACGGUGACUAAGUUAUCAAACAUCUGAACGGUGAACAACACCUGAGUGACACAGACCGAGGCUGAACUGGACCAUCAACCACCAACCAUUUACAUCAAAUUUAUUCUGACUAAUGUCCCGUCAGGUGCUUUCACCUCCAUCCUGCUGGGCUCAGUUAAAACAAACUCUGGGCUGUUUGUCCGGUUAGUUAGCGCUGCUGUGUCGGUCGAAACAAACAACCAGGCCGAGAACACUUGAGGAGGAGGGUCUCAGCCUGCUCCCUGGUGGACUCCCUGGUGCAGCUCCUUUGUGAUGUCAUCUAUAACUAUAGUUUGGCUAAAUAUCUUUAGAUGUAGGUCAUUCACUAUAUUUAUCACUUUAAAUUGUGCAGAAUAUUGAUUUAAAGUGACCGGAGCUGUAAAUAGUCCACUGAAGUGGCAGAUCGGCAGGUUCAGAAUUUCAUUGGCUAUUUGAAGCGUCAGUCACCUCCUGACUCAGUUGUGAUUGGCUCAAUCUUCACAUGGACGAAGAGAAAGAGGCCCUUCUGUUGAACUCGGCUUGUUAUUGGCUGCUGUGGUUGCUGAAGCUCAUCUGUGUUUGUGGAAGACAAACAGAGAGACGAGCUCAUCAGCUGCUAAUCGGACACGAGAAAACAUCUUUCUAUCACCGUGUUCUGGAUUAAAGGCUUGAUUGCAGUGGAUGUUUCCAGACCGUUUUGUCGGAGUGUUAUUGAUCUGAGGAUCACUGACAGACGCCGUCGCUGAGUUGCCUUAAUGUUUCCUCAGUUUUAAAAACGUCUGUUUGUCUGCUGUCGGCGGUUAAUGAGCCUCCUGCUGUGAUUGUUUCUUCAACUUUCUAACGCUGUUUAAUGUGAGCGUGAACGUGAAUGCAGCGUUUGUGUCAUUAUACAGAAAAUAACAGACAGUAAAUGAUCCUAUGGGCUGCAGGCGGGCCGUUGGAACAGUAAAGAGAUCUGGCUCUAUGUUCAUUAAAGCAGGCAGAAUAACUUCACUGGAUUUAUUGUAUGUGUGUUUAUAACGUGAAAAAUUAAAACUUAACUAAAAUUAAUUAAAACUGAGAGCGAACUUGUUCGCGAUGCUUUGAGGGAACAGGAAGUCACUUGUCAGUUGUUGACUUUGACUGACAGCAGAACUCGAUGUGGAUCUCUGUGAUACCUUAAACAUGACUUUACCAAUGAGAACAUGAUCAUUGUUCUGUGUGUGUGUGUGUGUGGUUACCUGUGUUGUUCCUCUUCCUGUGACAUCACCACAGAGCCUCUGUUCUGCACUACAGACACAAAAGCUGUUUGAUCUUUUAUCCUUUUGUAUUUAACAGACUGGCUACAUGGAAACAUAGACUUCAUUAACUUCCUGAUUGUUCCUGAAUGAGGCGAUUACUUUAGCAACGGUUAUAUAGAAUUUCUGUCACGUCACCAUGAUUAUAGGUAUAUAUUUUUCUUACUGUCUUUCCUUUAGUUUGUUGUCACCUCACAUACAUGAUGAGGAACUCAUUAUUGUUAUCAUACGUUUACUUGUUUGGUUUAUUUUAUAUAAGAAUCCUUCUCUGUACGUUACCUUUUCGUUCUUUCUUCCGUCCUUGUGUAAUUUAUAUAGUUUUUUCAUCAGUAAUAAAUAAACCAAUAAUACUAAGAAAUAAAUUACUGUGUGUUGUACAACCUGCACACAGAUUCAGGAAACAUUUGAGUGGAGAAAAGACUUUAU